AGGCCCGGUUAUAAAAGAGAUCGGACGAGAGUUGGUAAACCAGUUCGGUGGUGGUUCAUCGAAAAGAACUGAUCGUGUUAGUGGUACAGGUACAUAGAUAAAAAGUAACCAUGUCUACUGCUGGACCGGAAAUAAUUGCCGGAUCAGUUGCGGCGGCUUCGGCCACCGGCUUCUCCGCAACUACCGUCUUCCUCUCUCUUCUCAUUCCUGCGGUUCUUUUAUAUUAUAUUUACUUCAGAAUCUCCAGACGUCAUAUGAUCGAACUGGGCGAAAAAUUACCUGGUCCACCAGCAUUGCCCAUCAUUGGAAAUGCCUUAGACCUUAUGGGAAGCUCAGACACAAUCUUCCAAAAUAUCUACAAAAGGUCCUUCGAAUACAGCGACGUCAUCAGGUUGUGGGUUGGUCCUAAAUUGGUAGUUUUCUUGAUCGAUCCAAGGGAUGUUGAGGUGAUCCUCUCCAGUCACGUGUACAUUGACAAAUCUGCCGAAUACAGGUUCUUCAAACCAUGGCUUGGAAAUGGUCUCCUCAUCUCUACUGGUCAGACAUGGCGUACUCACCGCAAACUGAUCGCCCCAACCUUCCACUUGAACGUAUUGAAGAGUUUCAUCGACCUGUUCAACGCAAACUCCCGAGCGGUUGUCGAAAAGAUGCGCAAGGAAGGAAACAAGGAAUUCGAUUGCCAUAAUUACAUGUCUGAAUUGACUGUUGAGAUCUUGCUGGAAACAGCUAUGGGUGUCUCCAAAUCUACCCAGCGCAGCGGAUUCGAAUACGCUAUGGCUGUGAUGAAAAUGUGCGACAUCCUCCAUCUCCGUCACACGAAACUCUGGCUCAGGCCCGACUGGCUCUUCAAUCUGACCAAGUACGGUAAGGAUCAAAUCAAACUACUCGAAGUUAUCCAUGGACUGACCAAGAAAGUAAUCCAACGCAAGAAGGAAGAAUACAAGAGCGGAAAACGUAAUCUCAUUGACACCAGUUCCCAGAAAUCCGACACCAAGACCACCUCCGUAGAAGGUGUUUCAUUCGGUCAAUCAGCCGGUCUUAAGGAUGAUCUCGAUGUUGACGACGACGUUGGUGAGAAGAAGAGACAAGCUUUCCUCGACCUCUUGAUCGAAGCCGGAGAAAACGGUGUAAUUCUUAACGACCGGGAAGUGAAGGAGCAAGUAGACACUAUUAUGUUUGAGGGACACGAUACCACCGCUUCCGGAUCCAGCUUCUUCCUAGCCAUGAUGGGCUGCCACCCUGACAUCCAAGAAAAAGUGAUCCAGGAACUUGACGAGAUCUUUGGAGACAGUGACAGACCCGCCACCUUCCAGGAUACCCUGCAAAUGAAGUACCUCGAACGUUGCCUGCUGGAAACGCUUCGCAUGUACCCACCUGUACCUAUUAUUGCCCGUGAAAUUAACACAGAUGUGAAAUUAGCAUCGGGAGACUACACCGUCCCAGCUGGCUGCACAGUUGUCGUUGCCACCUUCAAGCUUCACCGACAGCCACACGUCUACCCAGACCCAGACACCUUCAACCCUGACAAUUUCUUACCAGAGAAAACCGCCAACCGUCAUUACUACGCUUUCGUGCCAUUCUCGGCUGGUCCACGAUCAUGUGUCGGCCGAAAAUAUGCCAUGCUCAAGUUGAAGAUCGUUCUGUCCACCAUUCUCAGAAACUUCCGCGUCAGAUCCGACAUGAAGGAAUCUGAGUUCAGGCUACAGGCUGAUAUUAUUCUGAAGAGGGCCGAAGGAUUCAAGGUCAGGCUCGAAUCAAGGAAACCCGUAGCAGCAACCGCCUAAAAUUACAAAGAAACACAAAAUUAUUACGUAAAAAUGUUUAUUUAAAGGAACAAUAAAAUUGGUGGUCUUUGUGGCGUGUUGCGCAGACGGUUCGAACUGUGCUUCGUCGUCUGCGCAUGCGCGGUAAGCCUCCUUUGGAUUUAUAUUAUUAUGAUUGUAUGUAAAUGUUGUGUAUAUUAUCGACGGUCGUAUAACGCGUAUAUAGUUGUAUUUUACUUCCUACCUUAAUAUUUAUCUUGUGCAAUAAAUUAUGCAGCCGUUGUGUUGCGAAAUAGACAA